AUGACAAUAUACGUCACCGAUCUUACCGAAGCGGAUAUUCCUGGCGCAGUUAAAGCCGUGCAACAGGCUUUUGCGGGAGAUCCAUACAAUGUAUGGGUAUAUGACCACACCAAGUUUAACCCCGAGCGGAAUUCUGUGUCUCUAGGGAUCAGGAUGCGGUGGGGCAUGCGAAAUGGAAUAUUCCAUGUUGCAAAGGAAGAGGGUAGUGAAAAAGUACUUGGUGUAGCCAUGUGGCUACGUCCCCAACCGGCAGACCAACCUCCCACGUGGAAUGACUGGCUGGAGAGCUGGCGACUCUACUUUGGUCAAAUUUGGAUGAAUCUUUACUAUGGCAGGGGAGGUCUCAAUGUCAAACGAUAUUACAUCUGGAAAGAUGCCCAAGCCAAGGCUCAAUCAGAGCUCUGGGCAGACCCCCGAGGAUACUACUUCCUCAACAUUAUGGUAGUGCUUCCAGAGGCACAAGGGAAGGGUGUUGGCGCUCAGAUGAUGAAGGCUGUUACGGAUCAAGCCGAUGCUGAGAAUAUGAAGUGUUAUCUAGAGUCGAGCCGUGAUGUCCCUAACGUGGCUAUCUACGGACGAUGGGGAUUCAAGUUUCAGAAGGAUAUGAUUUGUGAUGAUGAUGGAGAUGCGAUUAAGCUGUUUACAAUGAUUAGGGAGCCAAAUGCAGAGCCUGGGAAUGGGAGGUAG